CCAGUCUAGAACGUAUCUUUGAAGUAGAACGCCGAGGGCAGAACAAUUGUGUUUUGGAUUUCUUGCCGUGCGGAUCGCAGCGCAACGUGUGUGUGUGUGUUGAACAGUGCUGCCAGUGUUGAUACAACAAAACACUGAACGGAAAAGUUUAAAGAAACAUGGAUAGCUCCGCUGGUCUGAACUUCAAGCGGCCACAGCCUCAGCAUCAGUCUCAAUCCCAAUCCCAAUCCCAGUCACAGUCACAGUUACAGUCACAGUCACAAGAAGGGAAUAACAACAGCUCGUCGUCUGGCGGUAGCCCAAAGAUGGGAAGUCGUCGAAUUUUCACGCCGCACUUUAAGUUGCAAGUGUUGGAGUCAUAUCGCAAUGACAACGAUUGCAAGGGCAAUCAACGGGCCACCGCCCGAAAGUACAACAUCCAUCGACGCCAAAUUCAAAAAUGGCUACAAUGCGAACCAAAUCUAAGGUCCUCGGUGGCCAACACUCAAGCACAGCAGCAACAACAUUCCGCCCAGCAGCAGCAACAGCAGCAGCCACCUGCAGCUCCCCAGCGUCUGGCAGCAGCGGCGGCGACACAAUCUCCAGUAUCACCCACGCCCGGACAGGUUGUCAAGUUCCACCACCAAUUGACCCAUCCAAUGGUCCAUCACCACCAGUUGCACCACCAUCAUCAUCAUGCGGCUGCGGCGGCGGCAGCAGCAGCGGCUGCAGCUGCAGCAGCUGCCGCCCAUCAUGCCCACCAUCUACUGGCUGCACAUCAUCCUCAUUCCCAUCCAUUGGCCGCCACCCACCCGCACCUGCACGUUCCGGUGGCAGUGCAUCCGCACUCCCAUCUCCAACACCAGCAACACCAGGACCAGGACCAACUGCAGCUGGAGCAUCUGCAGCAGGAGCAACAGAAGCUGAACGGUACCACAGCCAAUGGAUCCAUAUCGGCGGCCAAAAUCGCUGCUGCAGUGGCCGCGGCCAUGGCCACCAGCAGCAGUAGCAGCUCUACUAAUAACCACCUACCCACCAAUACCACCAACCAAUCGGUUACCACCAUAAAUGGGAGUGGAGCCAGUGCCAAUGCAUUGCCAUAUAGCAGCCAAAACGAAGUGCCAAUUCAAGUGCCAAUUCUAAGUACGUCUCCGGUGCUGCAUUAUUCCUAUGAUGCGGCCACAGCCGCUUCGAGUUACCCCCAACGGACAGAGAAUCGCCUGGAGGCGGUUGCCACACCGGUGCCCAUUGAUCUGUCUUUGGGCAGUUCGGCACGUCGCCAGAUGCAACAGUUGGAGCGAGACCAGGAUCCCACCGGGGUGGAUCUGACCUUUAGGAAGCGUAAAUUCCAUACUCAACCGUUCCAGCCGGAUAAGAUCAGCAAGCUGGAGACGAUUAAGGCCGAGCCCGAGACUGAGAGCGAGGAUGUGGAUGUGGUCGAUGUUGAUGUUGAGGCGGAAACGGAAACGGAGCCAGUGCCCGAGCAGGAGCAUAAGGUGCCCUCGAAGCAGGUGAAGCUCUUCAAGCCAUAUCUUCUGGAAAACGAGGACGAGGCGGAUUUGAAGACCGAGGAGGAGGAGGACAGGGAUGCCGAUACGGAUGCCGAUGCGGAUGAUGACGAAGUGGAUGCGAAGGAGCGCUCGGCCGAGGCCAAGAAACGUCGCCUCAAGAAAAACAAAGCCACCAAGGUGAACGAGCAGAGGGAGCCAAUUAUUUGGAGCAAUCAUCCGUAUCCUGGUGCCUGCCUCUCGCCCCUAACUGCCGCCUCUGCCUCUCCGAUCUUUCACUGCCCCACCUCCCUGGUUGUACACGGAGGCGGAAUAUCAUCGGCGGCCUCAUCACCGCUAUCGACGCUCUCUGCGGGAUCGGGCAGUACACCCUGCCCCCAACUCCAGAUGCAGACAUUUCCCGUUGUCGGGGGGAGUCCUCAGUUUCAGGAGAAGGCCACCGCCACAACGCCCCACCGACCCUAUUCGCCGCCAGGAUUUUGCUGCCCCAAGGGAUCCCCGGUCUCCGGAUAUGAGAGCAGCUCCUCCACAUAUAGCGACACCAGCAGCAACUGUGGCAGUGGCAACUACAGCCUUAAUCUCCAGCUGCGCGCUGCCGUCUACAACGACAACCUGAUGUACAUCCAACAGCAUCAACAGGUCCAACAGCAUCAUCUACAACGUUGGCUGGAUUUGGAUCAGGAUCAGGGAGUAGCAGUAGCAUCCAGAACCCUAAGGACCUGAGGACCUUGAGGACCUGAGGACGUGAGGACCACUAGAGCGAAUAAAGUAAAGUUAUGGCAGUCACUGGGCCUGGCCUUUUAGUUUUUUAACACAAAAAUAUGCCUAUAUAAUAUUUUUUUUAUUAAAAAACCCAUCUACCAACUAAUUUGUUAGAUUUUGUAAGCGAUUGAAACCCAUAUCUUCCACGCAUAUCAACAACAACAACAAAAAAAGCCUAAAAAAAAGCCCAUUAUUUAGGUUUAUUUUAUAAAUUAAGAAAGCACACAUAUAUAUUUUUUUUUGGUUACCAACUAAGAACAAAUUAUAUUAAGUUACACCCCAAUUUUUUUCAACAUAUUUUUUUUUUGAUAAUUUUAAAACUAUAAUAUUAAUAGUUUAGUGUACAAAGUGGAACAUAAAGUCUUGUUUUUUUAAGAAAUUCAACGAUAAAUCGUGAGGCGAAAACUGAAAAAAC